GCAAGUCUACAUAUUCCAGGUAUGCGGUCGAAGGUCCUGCUUCUCUCGCUGCUGGCGGCGGUCGCGGCGCGCCAUCCUGAGGCGCCAACUCAUUCCAAACUCCGAAACCUACCGCCUAUCAAUGCUGCCGAAUUCACAGCUGACUACUGGUACAAUGAAGCCAGGGCGGCCAUAGAGAAGCGCAGCAAACGCGACCCCGACCAGAAUGUGGCGCGCAACCUCAUCAUGUUCCUGGGAGACGGCAUGUCCAUACCUACCCUGGCUGCAGCGCGCGCCCUGAAGGGACAAAAAUUAGAUAGAACUGGAGAAGAAGAGGAACUGUUCUUUGAAAGCUUCCCUGGUCUCGGUCUAGCUAAGACGUACUGCGUAAACCAACAAAUUGCUGACUCUGCGUGCACGGCGACCGCCUACCUGUGUGGUGUGAAGAACAACUACGGCACCACAGGAGUGACAGCAGCCGUCAGUAGACGUAACUGUGAGGCCUCGCUGCUUGAAACCAACAGAGUGGAGUCCAUUGCUGAAUGGGCCCUGGCAGCUGGGAAAGAUGUUGGUAUAGUGACAACUACGAGAGUGACGCAUGCAUCUCCUUCAGGGGUUUAUGCUAAAAGUGCUGACAGACAUUGGGAGAAUGAUGCUGAAAUAAUCUCAGAUUCUAAUGAUCCAGAAAGAUGUGUUGACAUUGCUAGACAACUCAUACAGAUGAAUCCUGGACAGCAGUUGAAGGUUAUCCUGGGAGGUGGUAGACGUGAAUUCCUACCAAAUACAACAUUCGAUGACGAAGGAGGUCAAGGCUUUAGGACUGAUGGCCAAAACCUGAUUGAACAGUGGCAACAGGAUAAAUCUGAUCGCGAUUUAUCGCACGAUUAUGUGUGGAAUAGAGAUCAACUGAUGAACCAUUUUGACUCUCCACCUGAAUAUUUGUUAGGUCUCUUCGAGAAUAGCCAUAUGCAGUAUCAUUUGGAAGCAAAUGCAACCACAGAGCCUACUCUAGAAGAGAUGACAGAAAUUGCAAUCAAAAUGCUCAGUCGUAACGAGAAAGGAUUCUUUUUGUUUGUAGAAGGUGGUCGCAUAGAUCAUGCUCAUCACGACAACUAUGUACAUAUAGCUCUUGAUGAAACACUUCAAUUUGAAAAAGCUGUAGAAAAAGCUGCCGGGAUUCUGCCCGAAGAUGAUACUCUGAUUGUUGUAACUGCUGACCAUGCUCAUGUGAUGGCUUACAAUGGGUACACCGCCCGUGGAAGUCCUAUUUAUGGUUUGUCUGAUGAAAAGGAUACCGAUGGAAUGCCCUACAUGACCAUCUCAUAUACAAAUGGUCCAGGCGCACGCACGCAAGUCAAUGGUAUUCGUGAUGACAUCAGGCAAGACGGAAAUUUUGGUGAGAACAGAUGGCGUGCGCAUGUCGAGUUCCCACUAGAAGACGAGACUCACGGCGGGGAUGACGUGGCAGUGUUCGCGCGCGGGCCGCACUACCGCCUGUUCGCGGGGCUGUACGAGCAGAGCCAGAUCCCGCACGUUAUGGCCUACGUCGGCUGCAUCGGGCCCGGCCCCCACGCGCCUGGCUGCAACGCUGCCACCACCCUGCACGUGACCGGACUUGUACUCCUACUCAGUGUUGUCAAAUUAAUUUUGCUCUGAUAACAUAUAUUUGAAGGACAAGAACAAUAUAAUUCGUUAAUUUUGAUGAAGAGAUUAACCUUAUCUUUAUUAUUUCGAGUAUUAUAAUGAUGGCUGUGACUACAUCUAUGUAUAAAUAUUUAUGUAUUUAUAUUAGAGUUUUUGUUUAUCAAAAAUCAAUAGCUGCGCACAGAGCUGCACGAAAAAUAAAUCUUUGUUGAUUUUU